CUUCUACGUGACUUUACCGAAAGAACCAAGAAUAUGUAUUUACAGUACUUUGUUGUUGUUCGACGGCGUGACGUAAGUCGCAGAUUGCGCCGCGUGACGUCAUUGAAUGUAGGGUUAGAUUUAAAUUUUUAGCGAUAGAUUUUAUUUUAUUUACUUGAGCAGGAAGGGUCCUAUUAAGAUUUAAAUGAGAUUAUUUAGAUUGCGUCUAGAUUGUUUAGGUUAUUGUUGUACACGUUCUGACUCGCCUUUUCCGGGCAUCUGUGAAAACGAGCUUUACAGCUCACCGGAUUCCUCCAGUAAAUUUAAUAUUCUUAGUCUCUCUUUAAUAAAUUAUUUUUUUAUUUCUACGUGACUUUACCGAAAGAACCAAAGAGUAAUAAUUCCUGCAGUCAAGAAAACGCCAAAUCAAAUUCUUAGUCUCUAUACAGAUGGACAUCGUGACGUCGCCGAGUGUUACCGCGAAGCUCGUGACGUCGCCAUUGUGUUGCGGCGCAGCCCGUGACGUCGCUGAGUAUUGCGGCGCAGCCCGUGACGUAAACCGGAGGCACCGCCGCAACUUCGUGCCUCGUGACGUCACAGGCGCGCCGAGGUUUCCCCCCGCGUGACGUCACAGGCGCGCGCGUGACGUCACGCGGGGGGGUGAAAGCGAAGCGAUAGUCAUGGCGGCGUCCACCGGCGUGCUGCCGUUCGUGCGCGGCGUGGACUUGAGUGGAAAUUCCUUCAAGGGUGGCUACUUUCCUGAGAGUGUGGAAGACAUGAGCAGUCUUCGGUGGCUGAAGCUCAACCACACGGGACUGUGUUACCUGCCGGAAGAGCUGGGAAAACUGGAGAAGCUGGAGUACUUGUCCGUGAGCCAUAACAGCAUCAACACCCUCCAUGGAGAGAUUUCACACCUGCCUUGUCUCCGGGCCAUUGUUGCUCGCGCUAACAACCUGAAGAACAGCGGCGUUCCCAAUGACAUCUUUCAGCUGGAGGACCUUUCUGUCCUGGACCUGAGCCACAACCAGCUGACAGAGGUCCCGCGGGAGCUGGAUAAAGCGCGCAACAUGCUCGUCCUCAAUCUAAGCCACAACAGUAUUGGGCCGUCGCUGCACAGUCAGCUAUUCAUCAACAUCACGGACCUCCUGUACCUGGACCUGAGCAACAACCGCCUGCAGAGUCUUCCCCCACAGAUGCGGCGCCUCGUCCACCUGCAGACCCUCAUCCUCAACAACAAUCCGCUGCAGCACGCGCAGCUCCGGCAAUUGCCUGCCUUGACGAAACUGCAGACUCUUCACUUGCGGAACACACAGCGAUCUCCGAACAACAUGCCCGCGUCGCUGGAUGCACUAAGCCACCUAACAGAUGUGGACCUGUCGUGUAACGACAUGCCCAGCAUCCCCGAGUGUCUGUACGCCCUGUCGACGCUCCGGCGUCUAAAUCUGAGCGACAACCAGAUCUCCGAGAUGUCUCUCUGCAUGGACCACUGGACCAACAUGGAGACUCUCAACCUAUCUCGGAAUAAACUCACUAUGUUGCCUAUGGCUGUGUGCAAGUUAUCCAAACUCAGAAAACUCUUCAUCAACUCCAACCGUCUUAACUUUGAGGGCAUCCCAUCCGGGAUUGGCAAACUGCAAAACCUGGAGCAAUUUAGUGCCGCCAAUAACAGCCUGGAGCUUAUCCCAGAAGGCCUCUGCAGGUGCAGAAAACUGAAGAAACUUAUUUUGAAUAAAAACUGCCUCGUCACGCUGCCUGAAACGGUCCACUUCUUACGUCUGCUUGAGGUUCUGGAUGUGAGGGACAACCCUGAGCUGGUGAUGCCCCCUAAGCCAGUGGAUCGUUCGGCCGAGUGGUACAACAUUGACUUCUCGCUGCAGAACCAGCUCCGUCAGGCCGGGGCAUCUGCCGCUGCCGUGGCUGCUGCUGCUGCUGUGCCCGGAGGGGGCAGCACCAAAGAUGUGAUAGCACGCAAGAUGCGCCUCCGGAGGCCCCUGGACUCGACAGAGGAGGACCAGGCCAAGCAGGUGCUGCAGGGCAUGACAGACGUGGCGCAGGAAAAGAGUCGCCGCAUGGACCAGGAGAUGGGCGAGCUGGGUUGCUCGGACCUGAAGGCGCGGCGAUGGGACGAGGGGCUGGAGAAGCCGCAGAUCGACUACUCCAACCUCUUCGUCGAGGGCGUGGGCGGCCGUCCCGGUGUGGAAAUGUGGCAGAUCGACAACUUUUACCCGACGCCCGUGGACGACAACAUGCACGGGAAGUUCUACGAGGCCGACUGCUACAUUGUGCUCAAGACGUUCUCGUCGCGCGAGGUGUCGGACCAGGCGUGGCAGAUCUUCUACUGGAUCGGCGGCGAGUGCACGCUCGACAAGAAGGCGUGCGCCGCCAUCCACGCCGUCAACCUGCGCAACUUCCUCGGCGCCAAGUGCCGCACGCUGCGCGAGGAGAUGGGCGAAGAGAGCCCCGAAUUCUGCACCGUGUUUGACAACAAGCUGGCUUACAUCGAGGGGGGCAGCCCCAGUGGCUUCUUCACGGUGGAAGAGACCGUCUAUGUGACCCGCAUGUACCGCUGUUACGGAAAGAAGAACAUCAAGCUGGAGCCAGUUCCUUUGACGGGAAGCUGCCUAGACCCAAGGUUUGUGUUUAUGCUGGAUAAAGGACUCACGAUUUACAUCUGGAAGGGACUGUACGCCAAACUUGGAGCCAAAACUAAGGCCAGGCUUUUUGCAGAGAAGAUCAACAAAAACGAGCGCAAAGGACACGCGGCGAUCGAAGUUCUGGUGCAGAACCAUGAACCGGCUGAGUUUUGGGACAUCCUGGGAGGGCAGCCCGAAGAGAUCAAGUGCCAUGUGCCCAAGGACUUUAGCCCUCCGCGGCCAAAACUUUACAAGGUGGGGUUAGGACUUGGAUACCUGGAGCUUCCGCAGGUGAACUACCGCUUGUCGGUGGAACACGCCGACACCAAACUCACCAGAGAUCUGGUGCCAGAUCAAAGGCUGGUGCAGAGCCUGCUGGACACUCACGGCGUCUACAUCCUGGACUGCGCGUCCGACGUGUUCGUGUGGAUCGGACGGCGCUCCCCGCGCCUGGUGCGUGCUGCGGCCGGCAAGCUGGCGCAGGAGCUGUGCAGCCUCGUACAGCGGCCUGCACACGCGGUGGUGACGCGCAGCCUGGAGAGCACGGAGACGCAGGUGUUCAAGUCAAAGUUCAAGAACUGGGACGACGUGCUGAAGGUGGACUACACGCAGAGCGCCGAGAGCAUGAGGCGCGUCGAGGCCCCCACACCAACGUUGACCACGACAACGGCGGCCGGCGACGAGGUGGACACCGCCGACCCCAAGAAGGAGAAGCAGAUGAAGGCCGACCUCUCCGCUCUCUUCCUGCCCCGCCAGGCGCCCAUGCCUUUCACCGAGGCCGAGCAGCUGAUGGAGGAGUGGGGAGAUGACCUGGAUGGCAUGGAGGCCUUCGUACUGGAGGGAAAGAAGUUUGUGCGUCUCCCCGAAGAUGAACUGGGCCACUUCUACACACACGACUGCUACGUCUUCCUAUGCCGGUACUGGAUGCCCGUUGAGUACGAAAACACGGCAGAGGAAGGAGGCGAGGCCGGGGUUGCAGGGGAGGCCGGGGCGGGCGCGGCUGACGCAGGGGGGGAGGCCGGUGAGACCGUGGAGCCCAGUGGGGCUCGGCCGGAGAAGUCGUCGUUAGCGGCGGCCACAGGCGUGGAGGAGGACAUGCAGUGCGUGGUGUACUUCUGGCAGGGCCACGAUGCCUCAAACAUGGGCUGGCUCACCUUCACGUUCAGCCUGCAGAAGAAGUUUGAGAGCCUGUUCCCCGGCAAGCUCGAGGUAGUGCGGAUGACGCAGCAGCAGGAGAACCCCAAGUUCCUGUCGCACUUCAAGAGGAAGUUUCUGAUUCACCGGGGCCACAGGAAGUUCACGGAUAACGACGCGCAGCCGAGUCUGUACCACGUGCGCAGCAACGGCAGCGCGCUGUGCACACGGUGCAUUCAGAUUAAUACUGAUGCUGCCUUUCUCAACUCUGAAUUCUGUUACAUUCUCAAGGUGCCGUUUGGCAGCGAGGACGGCCCAGGGAUGGUCUACGCAUGGGUGGGGCGGGGGGCCGCGCCGGACGAGGCUCGGCUCACGGAGGAGAUCAUGGGCAGCAUGUUCCACGCCUCCUACAGCAAGCAGGUGAUCAACGAGGGAGAGGAGCCGGAAAACUUCUUCUGGGUGGGGAUUGGCGGUCGGAAGCCAUACGACCAAGACGCCGCUUACAUGCGCACGGCACGUCUAUUCAGGUGCUCCAACGACAAGGGCUACUUCUCCGUUUCCGAGAAGUGCUCCGACUUUUGCCAGGAUGACCUGGCAGACGACGACAUCAUGGUGUUGGACAAUGGCGACGAGGUGUACAUGUGGGUGGGCACGCAGACCAGCCAGGUGGAGAUCAAGCUGGGGCUCAAGGCCACACAGGUCUACAUCCAGCACAUGAAGAGCAAGGAGGCGGAGAAUCCACGCAAGCUGCGCCUGGUGCGCAAGGGCAACGAGCCGCACAUAUUCUCGCGCUGCUUCCACGCCUGGGUGCCCUUCCCCAAGCCGACGAACUGAUGCCUUCAGUGGCAAGUGACGGUUGCCUACUCGCACCUCUAUAAACGCCCCCUUUCGUCGGCAGCCUGCAAUAACACCCGCCCCCAAAGUAAACAAUUUAAACUAAGCUAAUUGAAACUAUUUAAUAUUUUAGCAGGUAAGGCCCAAUGAGCUCUACUAUAAAUAGCUCUUUUUCAGAAACGGCCCAGCCACAAAUGAUAGUUCAACGAAAGUGGCUUGUUGUGUGGAAAUUUAUAGCAGCCAAAUACUC